UUUUUUUUCUUUUUCAUACAUUUCCUCUAAAACAUAACAAGUCCUAUUUUAUUCUUUCACCUUAUUUAUAUAUAUUAAAGUCAUGAUGGAAGAUGUCAUUCAACCUAAACAAGAUUUGAAAACACCAUUGACAACUACUACGCCUCCACAUUUAUUGGACGAAUUGUCAGAAGAAGACCUUUAUGUAAGGUUGAAGAAGCUUCAGCGAAACUUGGAAUUUUUGGGACUUCAAGAAGAAUAUAUCAAAGAUGAACAAAAACAUCUCAAGAGUGAAUUAGUACGAGCUCAAGAAGAAGUUAAACGCAUCAAAUCUGUUCCUUUAGUCAUUGGUCAAUUCUUAGAACCUUUGGAUCAACAUACUGGUAUUGUAGGAUCAACUACUGGAUCAAACUAUGUGGUACGUAUUUUGUCUACUAUCGAUCGUGAAUUGUUGAAGCCCAGUGCUUCUGUUGCCUUACAUCGUCACUCCAAUGCAUUAGUCGAUAUUUUACCUCCUGAAGCUGAUAGUAGUAUUACCAUGUUGACUUCAGACGAACGCCCUGAUGUCACUUAUCAAGAUGUUGGUGGUCUGGAUAUUCAAAAACAAGAAAUUCGUGAAGCUGUGGAAUUACCUUUAUCUCAUUUUGACUUGUACAAACAAAUUGGUAUUGAUCCUCCUCGUGGUGUCUUGUUAUAUGGUCCUCCUGGUACUGGAAAAACAAUGUUGGUCAAGGCCGUAGCUCAUCAUACAACAGCAAGCUUUAUCCGUGUGAAUGGCUCUGAAUUUGUACAGAAAUAUCUUGGUGAAGGUCCUCGUAUGGUACGUGAUGUAUUCCGAAUGGCAAGAGAAAAUUCCCCAGCUAUUAUCUUUAUCGAUGAAAUUGAUGCUAUUGCCACAAAACGUUUUGAUGCUCAAACUGGUGCUGAUCGUGAAGUACAACGUAUUCUAUUAGAAUUAUUGAAUCAAAUGGAUGGUUUCGAUCAAACUUCAAAUGUCAAGGUGAUUAUGGCCACAAAUCGUGCUGAUACUUUGGAUCCUGCUUUACUACGACCUGGUCGUCUUGACCGUAAAAUCGAAUUCCCUACACCCGAUCGACGUCAAAAACGAUUGAUUUUCUCCACCAUCACAGCUAAAAUGAAUUUAUCUGAAGAAGUCGAUUUAGAAGACUUUGUAUCACGCCCAGACAAGUUAUCAGGUGCGGAAAUUGCUGCUAUUUGUCAAGAAGCUGGUAUGCAAGCUGUACGAAAGAAUCGUUAUGUGAUUUUAAGCAAGGAUUUGGAAAAGGGUUACAAAGCCAACGUUAAGAAAGAAGACACCAACUUUGAAUUUUACAAGUAGAUUAGUUAAACUGUUAGUAUUAGUGCCAAUUUGUUUUUCAAAAAUAAAAUAUCUUAUUAUUAUUUUUUUU